UGUAAAGUUGCAUGUAUAUUUACCUACAUUACUAUUUACUAUAUGUAUUCUAUUUUUCACAUUCAUCGAACAGCGUUGCGCGUCGUCGCGUUGUGAAAUGUGCUAACACGUGUUUCACAGAUACGCGGAUAGUUACAGAAUAUAUUAAAAUGACCAAUUCUUACAAGGAGGUACCGAAAGAGAUGGAGUGUGAAUCAGUCGAUGAAAUUGACGAAGAUAUGGCAGAGAGUGAAAGCGAGGAGGAAGAUUCCGCGGAAAGCGAAGAGGGAACGGAAAAGGAAAACAAAUCGGAGGUGUAUUUACCUGGAAGGCCUCUAAAAAGCAAUGAAGAACUCGUCGUGGAUAAAACAGCAUAUAAAAUGUUGCAUCACGCGGAAUCUGGUGCUCCAUGUCUCAGUUUCGACGUGAUCCUGGAUCGUUUGGGUGACAAUAGAGAGAAUUAUCCGUUGGACAUGUUCCUUAUUGCUGGAACACAGGCUGCUAGCGCUCACGUUAAUAAUGUGCUUGUGAUGAGAAUGAAGAAUCUCCGCGGAGUGGAGGAGGAUGAGGAUGAGGAAGACUCAGAUGACGAAUUGGAAGAUAAUGAAAAUUUGCCGAUAAUGUCCGUCGCCCCGAUAAGGCAUCAGGGUUGCGUUAACAGGAUAAGGUACACAACAGUCGGUGAAACAAGUAUAGCAGCUAGUUGGAGCGAGUUGGGACGUGUGCACAUAUGGAAUUUAGAGGAACAGUUAAAAGCGUUGGAGAACGAUGAACUGCUCCGCAGUUAUCGGAAGAAAGCGGAAAGAAGCGAUGGUGGUGGAUUGAAACCAUUGUUUAGCUUCAAAGGUCAUCUUUCGGAAGGAUACGGUCUCGAUUGGUGUACGACGGAAGCGGGAACUUUGGCUUCGGGCGAUUGCAAGGGUAACAUUCACAUAUGGCGCCUGGACAACAGCGGUUCAACGUGGCACGUGGAUCAGAGACCUUACAAUACUCAUGCACCGCACAGCGUCGAAGAUAUUCAGUGGUCACCUAACGAGAGACAUGUUCUUGCUUCUUGCUCCGUUGACAAAAGUAUUAAAAUCUGGGACACGAGAGCUAGCCCGCAGUCUGCCUGUAUGCUUUCCGUUUCCGGUACGCAUACGGCGGAUAUCAACGUCAUCUCUUGGAAUCGUAAGGAGAAUCAAUUUCUUGUGUCUGGCGGUGACGACGGAUUAAUCUGCGUCUGGGAUUUGCGACAAUUCGCUUCGAACGAUUCCACUCCGUUAGCAAAGUUCAAGCAACACAUGGCGCCUGUGACGACGGUCGAGUGGCAUCCCCAGGAAGCUACGGUAUUUGCUUCCGGUGGUGCGGACGAUCAAAUAGCUCAGUGGGAUCUAUCGGUGGAAGCCGAUCGAUCGGAGGAGGCAGAGGAGAUAAAAAAUUUGCCACCGCAGUUAUUGUUCAUUCAUCAAGGGCAAACGGAUAUCAAAGAGUUGCAUUGGCAUCCUCAGUGUCCUGGCGUAGUGAUAUCUACGGCGCACUCGGGAUUCAAUGUGUUUCGUACGAUCAGCAUUUAACAAUAAAAUCAUCGUUUAUUUUUUAUCUCAGA